AGAAAGUUUCUACUCGCGGGAAAGAUGGCGGAAAUGUGCAGUUUCUCCACUUUAUUAACACCAGCGACUCAAAACAUCACCUUUUAAAAGCCUCGUCCUGUGUUUCUCUCCAUUUGUGUGUCACUGCUAUGAUUAUAUACAGUAUGUAAUGCUCGGGGUAAAGAGAGGAAUGCAAGAUGCAAAAAGAUUCAAUGCACUCUACCACUCCUGGUCAUAUGAUGCACAAUGAACCUGUCCCUCAAGAAUCCCCAGUGAAGUCUUUUCAUUGUAGUCACUGUCCACUCAGCUUCAAAUCUGAGGUCUUCCUUUUUGAACAUCUCAACAAUGUGCAUGACUACUCUGUGGAUGCUUCUCUCAGAGACGCUGGUUUAACUGGGACUAACAAAGCCAGCAAUGACAAAAACAGUGACACAACAAGAAGUACCUUUGAAUGCCAGCACUGUGAUUUUAAAGCUUCUUCUUGGGAUGAUUAUAAAAAACAUGAAACGUGUCACAAAGAAUCAGUCAAUCAGAAUGUGAAAGGAAAGACGACAUCUGUCAUUUCUGCAAACCAGAAAGCUGCAGGGGCAAAAGAGAUUUCAUCAUCAGCUAUGUCUACCUCAAAAACUAAAUGCACACCCAACUCAUCAAGGGACCUGAAAACAUAUAAGAAGCCAUUGCAGACCAUCACAAAGUACUUUAAGGCAUCUGGAUCAAAUGGACUAUCCGCAGUGAAGUCAACUGAUAACCCAACACUUCUAGAUGGCACCAGAGAUAUGCUUAUUUUGCAAGAAUCCUCUUCAAGCUCCGGCCAAAAGAGCAGUGGGGUUUUUAAAGUCUCUGCAAAGCCCAUGAUUGAUCUCUCCGCAGUGUCUCAGCAGUUCUUGCUAAAUGACUACCUUCUAAAUGCUGACCUUACACCACCAUCGCCUAAGGGACACAUCACAGAAGCAGUUUUUAACAAUGUUGGCAAAAGGACAUGUAAUGAAAGCUUAACAAGUUCCCCAGCCAAAAAAGUAAAGAUGGCAAGGGAAAGCAAGCAAGACGUAUCAAGCAGUGCAGAUUUUUCAUUUGAAGUUAGUGAGGAUGAAGAAGAAAACAGGAUUAAUCUUGUUAAUGGAGACAUGGAAAGCCCAAAAGUUUACUUUUGCAAGCACUGUGACUACAGUGAUGUGGGCAUCCAAGGUGUGUCUACCCAUUAUCAGAGUGACCACCCUUACGUAAGAUAUACCUCUGACUACAUUGAGGAUCCGAUUAAUCAGAGUGCUACCUUCCGUUGCCUGCACUGUCCGAUUGAGUUUGUUAGUGUAGCUAGCCUCAAGAAACACUACACAAAAAAUCAUCCCGAGGCCCCAAAUGUAUUCAAGAUGCAACUACGUGAACUCCAUUUGGUUUUCAAAUGUUUUCUGUGUUCCUUUACCAUGAAUGCAUUGAAGGCCUUGAGAAGACAUUACAAGGAAAAGCACCCAACACAUGAAGUGAAUAAUGCAUUGAUGUACUGCAAAUAUUUGGCAACCGGAAGCCAGGAGGGGUCAUCUCAGUUGAAUACAUGUGAAAAGACUCCUAGUUCAGAAAGGAUUUCUACUGAGAGCGUCCCAGUACCAUGCGAGGAAGUCAAAAAUGCACCCUCAUCCCAACAUGCUACGUCCAAAGAAGCAGAUGUGGCCUUGUUUCAAUGCAACAAAUGCAAGUUCGGUCAUAAGUCAGUUGUUGUUAUGCAUGUCCACUACCAAAAAAGCCAUCCAGAAGAAGCGAUCACAAUUGACAAAAUCAAACAAUCUUCUCUUGUCACAUCACAGACGACCCCUGAAAAGAUGUCAGAGCCUCAAAAGUCUGUGAUAAUAACAGACAGAAAGAAAAUCUCAGAUUCUCCGAUUCAGGAAACAAAAGAGAAAGAUAAGAUGCCACGACAGACGAUUUCAGUUGCUCAGAUAAAUCACUCGCCAGAAACUUCAAAGACUCAUUCAGAGUCUCCCAAAACCAAGAAAGUGGAAUCUGCAGGGGACAGAACACCUGCCAAACGAGACAGGAAAAUGUCUACUGAAAUGGACAGUGUAUCCCCCACUUCACCAAAUGCAGUGUUUUACUGCCAGUUUUGCAGUUAUUCAAGUACCAAAAUAAAAAGCGUUGUUUGUCAUCACAAUGCAAAACAUUCUUUACACACACAAGUAGGUAUUCAAGAGAUCGUAAAGUAUAGCGCUGAGUUUCGGAAGAAAAAACUUCAAAAUGAAGCUAAAGCCACAGCAAAUGCAUCAUUAUCUACUUCAGUGACAAAGUGUCAUGCUUUUGCCCGUGCAGAGGACUUGUUUUACUGCCAAAAGUGCAACUAUGGAAAUCCAUCUGUAAAAGGAGUAACAACCCAUCAAUCCAAAUUGCACACAGGCUGUAAGUUUAGCACUGAAUCUGUUAUUGAGUAUACAACUUUGAUUCGUGAUCAAAUUCAAAAAUCCAAAUCUCAAGCAAAGGAGUCCUCUAUUUCUACUGGUCUACCUCUUCCUCUUUUGAAUGAAGGCGAUGAACAUAUGUUUUUCUGCCACUUUUGCAACUAUCGGCAAAGUACCGUGAACCGUAUAGUGCAUCAUUACUCCAAAACGCAUCGUGGAUUUGUGUCAAAGGCUAAACAAAUCCGUCUGCAUACUUCUAUGGUUCUUGAACAGACAAAGAAAUUGCUUCUGAAAGCAGCUGCAAACCAAGAAGUCGAUCAGACACCCGUUGAAGAAAAGAUAAAGAAAAAGGAAAAAACAAAGGGGCCUGGCAAAUCCUCUUCAGUGUCACUGUCGUCCUCAAAGAAGGCCUCACAAGCACAGAAGACCCUUCAGUGUCCUAGAUGCGCAUACAUCACUCAACAUGUGUAUCUUUUGAGGCGACAUACGCGGAAGAUCCACGUGUCACAUUGCUCAGUUUCAAAAGUUUCAAACGUGGGUUUUAAACAAGGAAAUUUACAGUCAGGGCAUCACUGUGAAUUCUGUGUUUUUUCCCACAAAAAAGCAACGAUAUUGUAUAAGCACUACCAGGAAAAACACCCAGGUCGUAGACCAUGCCAUGACCUCAUAACUGCUAGGUUAAAUGUCGGUCCUGAAACAUCCACUCCUCUAAGAUCUGGAGAAAAUGAAACAAAAAUAUAUCCAUGCAGAGCAUGUUCAUUUAAAGGUCGCUCAGUGUCGGGUAUCACAGACCACUACCGUGCUGUUCAUCCUUGGUCUGUGAAAGAAGAUGGCUCAGUCUUGGAUGUCAUCAACAGAAAGAAGCCAAGUGCAAAAAAGAAGAUGGAAGACCGCAGUGAAAUAUCUGGGUCAUUUGAAACCUACCAAGUGCCUCUUGAAUUUGACAACUCACUUGAUUCACCUCAAAAAGCAACAGAAUCUUCCACAGAGCUCAAAUGCCCUCACUGCCCAGCGCGGUUUCAUGCCUAUCAUAGUCUCAAAACUCACCUUGGAGAACACAGACAAAAUGUAACUGAAGAAGAACUGCAAGAAGAGCAACUACAAGUCCAGACAAAUGUGCAUAUCUUUAAAUGUCCACAUUGUAGCUACGUGAAUACCAAUUGUGAAGAAGUUCUCUGUCACUGUCUGAAGAAGCAUCCUAGCCUUGAAUCCAGUGCAGACAGUCUUCAUGUCGAUGAAGCACAUUUGCACCUUCAGAAGGGCUGUUCGAAAGGAACAGAUCCUGAUGGCAUGUUGAGAUAUAGUGGGUACAUGUGUAAAACCUGCCCGCAGAUCCAUUCAACGCUAGAGGAGCUGAGCAAGCACUGUGAGGAAGACCAUAAUCAAAGUGUGCCAAACCCACCCAAACCAGCACAGCAAUCUAAGACCCACAGCACUCAGGGAUCAGUAAAGCAAGGUUUCUCUUUUAAGAAGAAAACACAUGCAGUGAUCGGUUGUCAGUUCUGCUUUUAUAAAUGCACCACAAAAGUUGCUCUCCGUCAGCAUAUGCACACUUACCACAACAAUACACCUGCUUCAUCAGCUCAGGAUUGUGCAUACAAAUGCAUACUUUGUUCCAAAUCCUUUUUCCAGAGAAGGUGUCUUGGAUAUCAUUAUACUAGGAUACAUGGAAAAGAUGCCUUCCACAAAUACUAUGCACCAGUAUACCACACUGUUCUCAAGAAGUCAGCAACUACAUCUCCAGAUCAUCCUUCAAGCCACAUGGCAGAAAAUACUUCAGAUGCAUCUCAAUCCAGCACAGCGACAGAAGAAAACAAAAAAAAUGUCUUCAAGUGUCCAAAGUGUCCCUACGUGAAUGCUUGCACCCAUGGAAUUCUCACUCACUGCCAAAUGAGCCAUCCAGCCGUCGUAGCCAGGGCAGAUGAACUGAAAACAACUGAAAUACUUGUAACCAACAUGGUUGGUUGUAAGCUGGGAAAAAGCAGUAAUGAAAGAGGGUAUAUGUGUAAAAUAUGUCCACAAAUUCAUGCAUCAUUGAAGAAGCUGAAAAUCCAUUUAGAAAUGGACCAUGGAAAGGAGGCCUCCCACAAACCCAACGCCAAAGUGUACCACCAAAUAUGCAACAUGCCACAACCACCACCGCUAGUGCAACACAAGUUUAAGUGUGACAUGUGUACCUAUUCAGGAGCAAGGCGAAGGUACCUGUGGAGACACUAUAAAGUGAUUCACAAGCUUGAUGCACUUGCCACAAGCAGGCAGCUUGAAAAGUAUAAUAAACUAGGAACAAAGGUCAGUUACCUGCCUGAAGCUGAACCAGAUUCUGAGGAAAGUGGACAAAUUAAAUGUAAAAAGUGUCCCAACUUAUUCUUUUACUCAUUAGAGCUGCUUAGUGCCCACUAUAGUACCUUUCACAGCUCAGAUUGCAAAUUGGACUUCACUGUGUUAUAUCCAGUAUCAAAAAAACAUAAAGCGAUUUACAAAUGUUGCCACUGCAAGAAACGGUUGAAUGGAAUUGCAAAGCUGUGUGUCCACAUGGAUUACCACAAGAGGAAGAAAACAACGGAAAAUGCUGCAGAGGAAAUGGCUGCAAGGACAGAGGCAUCACUUGUUGAUACGAUCACACCAGAGGUCAAGUCCACUGAGCUCUGUGAGCAAGAUGAACUGCCCACGUUAGAAACUGUGGAGGAGCCAGACCAAAGCAAUGUGACUUUGCCGACAAGUCCCUUGUCAUCACCUUCAAAACCAGCUGAUGUGGAGGAGCCAGAGCCAGAGCCAGAGCCAGAGCCAGAAUCAAGAGAAGACAAACAUACUUGCAAACAGUGUGCUCAGACAUUCAUGUCACUGAAAGGUUUGCGUUGCCAUGAACGCAGCCAUGCAGCUGUGGCGGCCAUCAAGAAACUGGACAACCUGCCUACCUCAGCUUUAAAGCACACCAGUAUUGACAAAUACGUUGUGUUCAAGUCUGGGACGCGGAGGCCUUUCCAGUGUAGCAUCUGUCACUAUCGGGCGACUGUCAUGGCCCUGUGGAACAAUCAUUUUAUCAAAAACCAUCAAGAUAUCAUUAUGAAUCCUGCUGAGACUGACAACCAAGAUACGGAGAACACUCAGACGGCUGAGAAGGAGACCCCUAAUUCAUCAGAGGGACUGAACAAUUUGCCUGAACCUGAUGAAGAACUGGAAAUUGGUGAAAAAUCAAUGUACUUGGAGCCCCCAGAUGUGCAGCGGCAGUUGAACCACUUCAGCUUGAUGGCAGAGGCUGGGGCCUCAUCUAAAGCGAACGUACAAGACCCCAAGUUGCCUGUGAGCGGUCUACUUCACUGCGAGUUCUGCAAUUUUACCACUGAACAUUCAUCUAGUAUACGACGACACCUCCUAAAUCGACAUGGAAAGAAGAUGCUCAGGUGUAAAGACUGCAACUUCUUCACUGGUUUGAAGAAAAAUAUGGAUAUGCACAUUGAGACGGGCCAUUCUACCUUCGAGUCCGAGGCCACUCAUCAGAAAGACCUUCGCUGCCCUUUCUGCCUCUACCAGACCAAGAACAAGAACAACAUGAUCGACCACAUCAUCUUGCAUCGUGAGGAGCGUGUUGUGCCAAUUGAGGUGCGUCGCCCGAAGCUGUCACGCUACCUUCAAGGCAUCGUCUUCCGAUGUCACAAGUGCACUUUUACAAGCGCUAGUGCUGAAAACCUGCAUUUGCACAUGAAGAGGCACGAUGACAUCAAACCUUACAAGUGCCGACUGUGCUACUUUGACUGCACUCAGCUAUGCAACUUGGAAGCGCACCUGUGUGAUAAGCACCAGGUUGUGAGGAAUCAUGCACUUGUGGGUCAGGUCAGCCUUGAUCAACUAGAGGCAAGAGAUGGUAGGGCGCCAGAAGAAGAGGAGGAGGAAGAACCUGUGUCUAACUUGGAGAACAACAAUGAGGUUGAAGAUGUAGAAACAGAGGAGUUAGUUAUGGACUGUAAUGAAGUUUCAGAUGACACACAUGCCAAGAACCCUGCAGUAAAUGUCCUAAGGGAGAACAUGAAACUACAGAUAGUACAACCACAUCAGCCGCAAAGGCAGGGCAGCAGAAAAGCUAAUGCAAAAAGUCUCACCAGGUACGCUGCAUUUAACCUUAACCUUCCGUUUAAAAACAGUGCAAACCCAAACGCUGCUGUCCCAGAGAAGCACGGGCAGGACCCACAGGAACGAACACAGAAUGAGAUGAGCUUGCCUGACGCUGCAAAAAGACAAGGGAUCGAAAAAAGAGCAGAACCAAAAGUGGCAGAAGGGAACAGUGCAGAUGUGCAUUUUGUGGAUUGCAGUUAUCCAGAGAAAGAGAGGCAGAUGAGUGAAAAGCAGCUCAGAGGAAGUAUAGACAGCAGAAAAAUGGCAAUGCAAAAAAGAGAAGAGGCAGCAGAGGGGAGACUAGCUGGAAAAGCACAGGCACGCAAGCUCCAAAUGAAGGCGCUUCAGGAUAGAACGUCGAACAUUGAGGAGAAGGUCGAGGACGACAUACUGCGUCAUAUUCUACUGCUCGACGAUGAUGGCAGCAUCCGCCGAACACCCAAGAAGGCCGGUUAUGAUAGACUGGUUAAGAUCGAGCAGGACAUUGAAAAUGAAGUUGUAGAAAAUGUUCUUAGUCAGAUCAUUUUACUCAAUGAAGAGGACAGCAUCACUUUGGCCCAACACCCAAAAAAACACCCUGAAGAUACAACUGCGGUAACUCCAAAGAAGAGUCAAGAGUGUUUCACAGCUGAGAGACAUUUGCUGAAUCUGACACCCAACAGUGCACAAGUUAAGAUGAGCCGUAAGAAACGAGUAGAUAAGGUUUCACACUGUAAAGAAGAACACGUGCACAAUCAGACAAACUGUGAGAAGCUUGAUUAUGGAGCAAUGCCUGUACUUGAGAAAGAACCUCUAAAUGAGGAACCUCUCACACGCUGCAAAGAGGAAGAAGAAGGUGGUCGUUUGGAGCAGAGGCAGGACAGAGGAGACAAGGUCAUCACUGAAAACAACAAGAGUCGAUUCAAGGAUUGGGAACAUGCGGAGGGAAGCAUGAUGCAGGAAGCUGACAACCCAUGUGUGUCCAAAGGUGCCGUUACAGCUGUGGACGGAGCAGCUGAAGUCCGACACUCAGCGGUUACUGAGAAAAAACUGUUUACUUGUGGGUUUUGUGGACGAAACCUCACGAACAGCUGUGAACUGGAGCGUCACAUCCUGCGACACGGACUGUAACAGUUUUCCUUUUACGUGACGGAUAUUAGAAGCAGCUUUCAUCGUCUAUAUCUGCGUGGAAAGCCGGAUUUUGUUUUCAAAGGCUGUCCUCGACUCUCUUAACUAUACUUUGUAUUUUCAACCAACUAUUAAUGAAUACAAUUUUCAUGUUUUUAUAGAUUUUAAGAAUUUUGUAAUUGAAUGUUUUUCAUAUUUUACGGUUCUGUUGAUUCAAAUGUCUUUACACUGUGAACUAUUGUUGCAUAUAAACGUUUUUUUUCAUCAUCCUGUUCAUACCAAGAACUGGACCGACCUCAUUAGCACUGACUGUAGAAAUACUUGUGUUGCCUUCAGGUGCUGCUGGGUGUGCUUUUGAAUAUGAGUUGUGUGUGCAUUGCUGUUGAGCAGGAAGCUGUAAUAACAUUUUUUUGUUUGAUAUUGUAUUUAAAAAACAGGAUCUCUUUUAUUAAUUUUUUUUUUUUUAAUAUGUCAUUCCAUUUUGUUUUGAAUAAACUGAAAUUGUGUUUGA